AUGGGAAAAAAGAAGAAAUCAGCGGCAGCAGCUCCAGCGGUGCCCGCGGUGGUGCCUCCUGCUGCAGCCCGUCCAGGACCAGGUCCUGGGACCACAGCAGACGAACAGAAGGGGAAGACCUCCAACAGAGCCAACAAACAAGGCCAGGAGAGCAAGUCAAAAGUUCCUAAGAACUACAGUUUUGUUAAUGUCGCACAAGUGGACGCGGGUGCUACAGACAAGUCUGUUCUUAAAGUUUUCAUCCAAGGAGACCUUGAGAAGAAAAUAAUUCGAUUGAUAAAUGACUUUCGGCAAGAGUGUGCAGACAAGGGGCCAGUAUCUGGCCGGCUUACUACUAAGAAAUUAUUGGAUCUUUACUUGGCCCUGGAAAAGUUCAAUUUCAAGAGGGAACAUAUUGAAGAGUCGAUGAAGAGUAGUGUACUCUACGGAGGAGAUCUUCACUCUGCUCUUGAUUGGCUUUGCCUCAACCUGGCAGACGAUGAACUGCCAGGAGGCUUUUGUCAACAAAUGCAGGAGGAGAGUCAAAAGUCAAGGCCUAAGUUUCAGCCUUUGGUUCAACAGAAACCUCCAACAAAUAGUGUUAAAGCUCCUCCGAACACAACAAAACCAACCAAAGUUGAAGAUGAAGCUGCUACAGUGAAAAACUGGAUCCUCAGGUACGCAGAACAAAGCUCUGACGAAGAUGACUGUGAGGAGGAGGAGGCUGCUACCAAAACCUCACACAAUCCUGAGCUGGACGAAAAGUUUGAUCCAAAUGAUCGAUAUUUGGUCCUCACUGCUCAACUAUACGACACUAAAGAAAUGGCUAUAGCGGCUAAGAACAAAGCAGAUAAGUUGGGUCAAAGGACUGCACAGGACAGGAUACGUGUCAUACAGCAAGAAAUGAAGCAACUUGAAGCCCACCCUGUAUUUAACCCUGCCAUCAAAGUGAGAGAUGGACCCCCAAAAGAAAGUAAACCUUUUCCACCCAGCGAAGACAAAGACGAUUUAGGAUUUAAAUUAUUUGAAAGUGUUGAAAAAGAGCCCCCUGCCCCUGCCCCGGCCCCUGCAGAAAAAGUCAAAAAACAAGAGCCGAGAGAUGUACGCAAUUUUGACUACACGGCUCGAAGCUGGACUGGGAAGUCUCCCAAACAGUUUCUCAUCGACUGGGUCAGAAAGAACCUUCCCAAGAGCCCGGCACCAGCUUUUCACAAGGUUCCGGCUGGACGAUACUGGAAAUGCAGAGUACGGAUUCAAAGGCCUGAAGACGUGCUAGAAGUUUGUCCAACUAUAGUGACCGAGGACAGCAUGCAGGCGCAGCAUCUGGCAGCAACACUGGCACUCUACACCAUGAUCAAGGGACAGGCGGUGCAUCAGCUGCUACCUCCGACCUACAGAGACGUGUGGCUGGAGUGGAGGGACGGAGAGCGGCAGCAGCAGGAGGAGACUCAGAUCGCGGCCAACAAACCCAGAGACCAGUUCAUAUCUCGGCUUCUCACCAAACUCAAGCAGCAGCAGAAGCAAGAAGCCGGGUCUCAGGCUCCGUCGGCAGCAGCUGAGGGGGACACAGACCAGGAGCCGGAGGAGUCCUGGGAGAACUUUGCUGCUUUAGAUUUGGAUGAAGAUCACGGUUGUUGCAAAAGUGACGCAAGUGAAGGAGGGAGGAGAAGCACGGCGUCGCUAGAAGCUUCCAAAGAGCUGUUUUUAAAUCUGAGGAAAUCACAAUUGGCAAAGAAAUUACAGGCCGAGCGAGAGCAGCUGCCCGUCUUCCAGCACCGCCAUCACGUUCUGGAGGCGUUGCAGCGUCACCCGGUGGUGGUGGUCGCCGGGGAAACGGGCAGCGGGAAGAGCACCCAGAUCCCCCAGUUCCUCCUGGAGCACAUGCUGACGGGAGCCAAGGAGCCGCGGCCGUGUAGCAUCGUGGUGACGCAGCCUCGAAGGAUCUCCGCCAUGAGUCUGGCCUGCAGAGUGAGCGAGGAGCUGGGCUGCGAGGACGGGCCCGGGUCUAAGUCGUCGCUUUGUGGAUAUCAGAUCCGGAUGGAGAAUCUGUCCGGAGAGUGGACGCGGCUUCUUUACUGCACCACUGGAGUUUUACUGAGGAAACUUCAGCACGACCGGCUCCUGAGCUCCCUCACACACAUCAUAGUGGACGAGGUUCACGAGCGCAGUGUUCAGUCCGACUUCCUGCUGACCAUUCUGAAGGACGUGGUCAUGAAGAGAUCGGACCUGAAGCUGAUUCUUAUGAGCGCCACGGUCGACUGUCACAAAUUCUCAAGUUAUUUCAACCGCUGCCCCAUCAUCAACAUCCCGGGCCGCACUUUCCCGGUCGAGGUCUUUCAUCUGGAAGACAUCGUGGAGGAGAUCGGAUACGUUCUGGAAAAGGACUCAGAGUACAGCCAGAGAAUCCUGGAAGACGAGGAGGAAGUCAGUAUCUCUGUCACGCAAAAAGGCGGGAAGACAAUGCAGCAUCAGGAAGUGAUUAUAAAAGACUCGUCUCGCUGGGAUCUGGGUCCAGACUUGGAUCAUUUCAGUAGCAGGACCCAACAUGUUCUGCAGUGUAUGAAUCCCAACAAAAUCAACAUGGACCUUUUGACAGACCUCGUGGACUAUCUAGAUAAAUCUCCCCAGUUUGCUGAAAUAGAUGGCGCCGUUUUAGUGUUUCUCCCUGGAAUCGCACACAUACAGCAGCUGUUCGACCUGCUCUCCUCAGACAAGAGGUUUAGAGACAGAAACAGGUACAAGAUUGUGGCUCUUCACUCCACUCUCUCCUCCAAGGAUCAGGCUGCUGCUUUUACUGUGCCCCCUGCUGGAGUGAGGAAGAUCGUGCUGUCCACAAACAUCGCAGAGACCGGUGUCACCAUUCCAGAUGUGGUCUUUGUCAUCGACACCGGGAAAACCAAGGAGAACAAAUACCACGAGAGCAGCCAGAUGAGUUCUUUAGUCGAAACGUUUGUGUCCAAAGCCAGCGCCCUCCAGAGGCAGGGAAGAGCAGGUCGCGUCCGGAGCGGCUUCUGCUUCCGACUUUAUCCAAAAUUCAGGUUUCAGAGCUUCAUGGAUUACUCGAUACCAGAAAUCCUCCGGGUCCCACUGGAGGAGCUCUGUCUGCAUAUCAUGAAGUGUCAGUACGGGUCUCCAGAGGACUUCCUGGGCCGAGCUCUGGACCCGCCGCAGCCGCAGUCGGUGAAUAAUGCGGUGAAUCUCCUGAGGAAGAUCGGGGCCUGUCUCCCCACCAGCCACCUGCUCACGGCGCUGGGCCACCACCUCGCCAGUCUCCCCGUCAACGUCAAGAUCGGGAAGAUGCUCAUCUACGGCGCCAUUCUGGGCUGUCUGGAGCCAAUCGCCACUAUAGCUGCAGCCAUCACAGAGAAGUCUCCCUUCUCCACACCCAUCAACAGGAAAGAAGAAGCCAACCUGGCCAAGGCUGCUCUCUCAUUGGCCAACUCUGACCACCUGACGCUUUACAACGCGUACAUUGGCUGGAAAAACUCUCAAAGCGAGGGAUACAAGGCAGAGCUGUCCUACUGCAGAAAACACUUCCUCAAUCGCACAGCCCUGGUCACACUGGAGAACGUGAAGCUGGAGCUGAUGAAGAUGAUGGAGCAGGCCGGGUUCUGGUCCCGCCACUGCUCUCGCUUCAAGCUGCAGUCCGGAGCGCCGUCCAGGGCCCAGAUCUCCAUCCUGAACGCGGCUCUCACGGCCGGUCUCUACGACAGCGUGGCCAAGCUGGUCUGCACGCCGUCGGUGGACGUUCUGGAGCGAGUGGCGUGCACCGUGGAGACGCCGCAGGGAAAGGCCCAGGUCCACCCCUCCUCCGUCAACCGCAGCCUGCAGACCCACGGCUGGCUGCUGUACCAGGAGAAAGUGAAAUACACCAAGAUCUACCUGAGGGACACCACUCUCAUCUCCCCGUUCCCAAUGCUGCUGUUUGGAGGAGACAUCGACAUCCAGCACAGAGAGAGGCUCAUCACGUUGGACGGAUGGAUGCACUUCCAGGCUCCGGUGCGGAUAGGUGUCAUCUUUAAGCACCUGCGACGCCUUUUGGAUUCAGUGCUGGAAAAAAAGAUGGAGAAUCCCAAGUUGAAUUUGGAAGAUGAGAGAGCCAUCCAGGUGCUUCUGGAGCUGAUCAAAUCGGAGAAUGCACAGUGA